UACCAAUUUCCUCCAUUUACAAAAGGCAAAAUCCCAAAACUCAAAUUCUCAGGAACUGGCGUUACCCACGGAAAUUCUGGAGGAUUCUAGAAACAAAGGGGUGGUGACCGCCCUGUAUGAGGCCCUGAACCGCCGCGACGCGGAGGCAAUCCAGCAGAUCCUCGCCCCCGACCUCGAGUGGUGGUUCCACGGCCCGCCCUCGCACCAGUUUUUGAUGCACCUGCUCACCGGUGACAAGGACUCCGACUUCAGCUUUGUCCCCCACAGCGUCGCCGCCUUCGGCCCCACCGUCCUCGCCGAGGGAUUCGACCCGACCCGCUCCAUCGCCUGGGUCCACGCUUGGACCGUCACCGAUGGGAUAAUCACCCAGGUCCGCGAGUAUUUCAACACCUCCCUCACCGUCACCCGCAUCGGCAACGCCGACCAAUCCGAUUGCAGCAUUGCCACCCUCUAUUGCCCCUCCCUUUGGGAGAGCAGCCUCCCCGGUCGGGUCGGAAAGUCUGUCCCGGGUCUCGUCCUCGCUAUCUGAUAAAAACCCGUUUUAAGACUUUUGUGUAUAAAAUAGAAUAUCGCAGUGUGCUGUGAAUAAAAUUGGCAUGGGUUGAGGUAGGACCGUGGGAUCAUCCGUCUAUGAACGGCUAAGAUUGAUCUUGGUGCUGUGAUCAGCUGCUUGUCGCUCUAGUUUGUGUGUCGUAGAGUCGAGAAGGGCGACCAAUACGAUGAGGAUUGGGAGACCCUUUUCCUUUCAUUAUCUGCGUCGUGUGUGUCAAGUGGAUUUUGCUAUGAAUAAAUUGUUGUGUGAUUGGUUAA